GUUGAUGAGCGCUAGAUCGUAUCGCGCAGCCGAAUAGGAGGUGCUUUAUGACGAUAAUUGUAUCGGUGUUGCUAUAUAACCCCCUGAGAGACUGCGGUCUGCACUUCAGUCUCACGAGAUUCCUGACGCGUCUACAGCAGCCAAACUUACAACCCAAUCGAAGCAAUGGAGUCCAAGAGAUUACUUGUUAUCCUGGUCGUCUGCUUCGCCCUCGUGGCGUUCGCCCCGUCUACCGAGGCCCAAGGUCUCAGGUGGGGAAGGGAGUACGACGAAAGCCCCGAAAAACUCGUGCCUAUGAUGAAGGAAUACAUCAGACGCCAAGAGGAACUCAAGAAGAAGAGAGAAUUCUCGAUGAACUAACUGGAUAAGAUGACAACACCAUGGAAACCAUGCAUGGCGACACUUUGUGUGAAUUAUAAUAUCCGACGGUCUUUCGUCGUCGCUACAUUAGUAUCAGACAUUUGAGCAGCAUUUCGGGGGACUCAUCUCGAAGCUGCUCGACUGUAGUAUAUAAACAUGUAAUAACGUACAAUUGAAAUAAAUUGCAAGAACAA